GCAUACCGAGCUGUGGUUACAGUGGGUGUGUCUGUGUCAGAGGGUUUUGUCUGCGGAAGGGACGGCAUGGCUGGGGCACAGGUGCAGCGGGUUAUUAUUUACGGGGGGAAAGGCGCUCUCGGGUGCCGUUGCGUCGAGUACUUCAAGUCAAAAAGCUGGUGGGUUGCCUGCAUUGACCUGGCCGUUAAUGAAGAGGCGAACGCGAACGUGAUUGUCAAACAGUCCGAGUCUUUUACGGAACAGGCGGACCAGGUGACUGCAGAUGUGUCGCAACUGCUCGGCGGGGAUAAAGUGGACGCGAUCCUGUGUGUAGCCGGAGGAUGGGCUGGCGGCAGCGCCAAGGCUAAGGCUCUGUACAGGAACGCCGAUCUGAUGUGGAAGCAGAGUGUGUGGACUUCUACCAUCUCCAGCCACCUGGCCACCAAGCACCUAAAAGAGGGCGGUCUGCUGACCUUAGCCGGAGCGAAAGCAGCACUUACUGGGACUCCAGGCAUGCUGGGAUAUGGCAUGGCGAAGGCAGCGGUGCACCAGCUGUGUCAGAGUCUCAGUGGGGAGAAGAGUGGCCUCCCGCCCCACGCCAGCGCUGUCGCCAUCUUACCUGUGACCUUGGACACGCCCAUGAACAGAAAUUCGAUGCCUGAUGCAGAUUUUGGCUCCUGGACACCGCUGGAGUUUGUGGCAGAAACCUUCUUCAAAUGGACGACAGGAGUGGACCGACCGGCAUCGGGGAGUCUGGUGCAGCUUGUGACAUCAGGGGGGCAGACUGAGGCCACGGUGGUGCAGCAGUGAACACAGCGCCCCCUGGCUGUAGGAGGGACCUGAUUCUCACUGCUUUAAAUUACUGCCAGAAAUCCCUACCUUCCGUAGCCUGAAAAUACAGAAUCAACGGAAGAAAAGGACUCUUUAAACUCUUGUUCUUGUGUAAAAGUUUCUGGUGAAGUGGCCUUACCCUCUGCUUGCACUGUCUGAUGUAGUAUGUGAGUGUCUGUUGAAAAAGAUGAUUAAGAGAGUGAGUGAUUGUCCUCUCAACUUUAGAAACCUGCAUUUGUAUAAGUUACCUUUGUGCUGGCAGCUGUUUUAGUUCAGCAUGAAUUACAUGGAGCCUCAGACGAGGAGAAAAGAUGGACCAUCACAGUGUCAGUGGCCCAGGGAACUGCGCUCCUUGUGUUUAGCACCUCACAGGUCACUAAAAUCAAUAAAUCAUGAAUCGUUUGUGCCA